UGCAGAUACGUAGUCGUAUACUUCUCUAUCUUGUAUCUACGGUACCAUGCUGGCAUUGUUACAGAUGAGAUGCUUUCCAUGCCAAAAGCUCCUUUUCUGGCAGUGGGCCUCUUAGAAGCUCUUGCGGCUGCAACUGGAAUGGCAGCUGGAGCAAUUUUGUCUGGAGCAUCAAUUCCAAUUUUGUCCCAGACUUUUCUCGUUUGGCAAAUUCUCCUGUUAGUUAUUUUCCUUGGGAGAAGAUAUAGAGUAAAUCAACUUUUAGGAUGCUUUCUUGUGGCUAUCGGCGUAAUCAUAACUGUAGCAAGUGGGUCUGGUGCUGGAAAUUCGUUAAAGGAAGCAGGUAUAUUCUGGAGUCUUUUGAUGAUACUUUCAUUUUUGUUCCAAGCCGCUGAUACAGUACUGAAGGAAGUAAUUUUUCUUGAUGCUGCUCGGAAACUAAAGGGAAACUCGGUAGAUCUAUUUGUUGUUAAUUCCUUUGGAUCUGCUUUCCAGGCACUUUUUAUAUGCCUACUCCUACCAUUUCUAUCAAAACUAUGGGGGGUUCCUUUUUCCCAGCUGCCAAACUAUCUGAAAGACGGUGCAGCUUGCUUCCUAAACAUUGGUACAUUAUCCAGUGGAUGUGACGGAGCCCCGUUAUUGCCCUUGUUGUUUGUUAUUGUCAACAUGGGUUUCAACAUAUCAUUACUGCAUCUUCUCAAAAUCUCUUCUGGUGUGGUUUCUUGUCUCGCAUCGACAUUCUCAGUUCCAAUAUCUGUGUAUCUCUUCACGCUGCCGUUGCCAUACCUUGGCGUUGCGUCGUCUCUGCCAAGAGGUUUUGUGGCUGGAACCAUUGUUCUAGUUAUGGGUCUGCUUAUUUAUGCUUGGACGUCAUCAGAGGGUUCCUCUGAUACCUCACCAUCGGAAUCUAACUUAUGGUCGUAACUAUCAAAUCCUCAAAGGUAAAACAGAGCCUUGUUUUUGGAAAUGGCAAAUAAGAUUGGUAAGAUUACUGUUGUAACUUGUAAUUACGUUGCAACUGUUGCUCAAGUAAAACAGCUAAAGUGUGUUCAUUAUUAUUCUUACUGCGCAAGCAAUCAACAUUAGAUCAACAAAUUUGGUGUAGAUUCUCUCUUGAAAAGGAAUAACAAGAGAGAUGAAUUAGAUCAAUAAAGCUGAUGUUGAUUCUCUCUUGAAAAGGAAUAACGAGAGAGAUGAGAUUUUUUUUUUCU